UUAUCUCCUCUUCCGCCUUUCUUCUUGUCACUUGGUUCAGGAAGAGUGGGAGCCCCUUCAAUGCAGAAGGAAGCCAUGGGAAUUAAGUAUUUCAUCAAAGCAUGCCUCAGCCGCAAUACUCCGGUCGCCGCUGGUUUAUACUCUACCCUCGCCCGACGAUACGAACGCGCGUGCAAGAAAUACCCCGAGCUGUUGAAGUACGAUGAAGCCUUGCAAGCGACAUUGAAGGGCAUCAAGGACGGCGUCCGCCCUGGAAAGGACGGGACGGACGAGUCAUCUUCCCUGUCCUUUGAUUCCCUCACACAGGCAACGACCUGCCUUCUCCACACCAACGACUGUGCCGCCAAGGAGAUUUUGGCCUACAAGGAGGACAUACGGAACAACAACCAACUCCACGACAUUGUCAAGGAGUAUUUCGACCUCAGCUACACGACGCUGGACUUCUUGUAUGGUUUGCAAGGCCGCCUCAAUGAGUUGAGGGAAAAACUAGCGAUGCUCUGCUCCUCCUUCCAGCAUCCUACCUCCAUGGAGACGAAGGCGUUGGCGCUUGAGGAAUUUAGAGGGUGCAAGGGCUUCACUGCUGACUUACAUGUGUCACUGAUGAAGGUAAUCACGGCACACACCUCCUUUCUCCUGAAGCUUCAGGGAUGGAAAGGCAAAUCGGAGAAGAGAAUCAAUAUCUUGCGGAGGCGACGCAAGAUGGUCUACGUCAUAUUCGUCACCGUCUUCGUGUGUGCUGUGGUAUGCUCGAUUCUCGCAGCUGCUCUCCAUGCCCCACCAUUAUUAGCAGCGCUUCCAGCAGCUGCCGCUACUGUAACCAGUUGGGGUCCGAUGACCUCAUGGGUGGAAAACCUGUGGAAAGGGGAAGAGAGCCAUUUGCAGUCGGGCGUGCAGAUUGCGGAGAGGGUGAAUAGGAGCAACUCUGUUGUGAUACAUGAAUUGAGGGGCAUCGAACUCUCCGUGAAGGCAUUGAUGGACCAAAAGGCAAUUUUAGAAAGCAACACGGACUUCAUUAUCAGGAGAGGGGAUGACAACUUUCUUCUUAACAAUAUGAAGUCAAUCAUGGAGAGAUCGCGCCGUCUGAUUGAGAGAAUGGAUAAGUUGGACGAACAAGUGACUACAUGCUGCUCCAGCAUUGAGAAUAGGAGGAGUGACAUAUUGGAGAGGAUCAGAAAUUGUACCGAGCCUCAAGAAGCUGAGACGGGUACUUCUCCAAGUUGGUGUUGUAUGUAA